AUGGAUUCUAUUUCUAAAAAGUUGGGUAAUUUGGGUCUGCAUGAUUUCAGAAAUGCUGCAAGAUUUGCACAGAACGUUAUAGUUCAGUAUGAACCAUACCAGAUCGAUAUUAGACGUGCUACGAAUACCGAUUCCUGGGGUCCAACUCCAAAACAUUUGGCUAAAGUGAUGAGACAUCGUUAUGAGGUUUCAAUGUUUUUGAUGACUGAAUAUACUUUGAAAAGAUUAGUCGAUCAUAUGGCUAAAAGACCUAAGAACAUGUACGAAAAGGCCAGAAAGCAGUACGUGAAUUACGGUAACGAAUGGAGAGUUGUGUUGAAAUGUUUGGUCUUGUUAGAGUAUUUAUUGAUGAGGUCAGAUAGGGGCAAAGAGACUGAUCAAGUGCUAUCCUGUUUACAAGCACAUAAACAUAUCUUAACCAAGGAAACGAUGCAGUAUCGUGUUGAUUUCAGUAGUGAUGGGAAGAUGGAAUUACAUGAGCGUGGUAUCAAGAAGAAAUGUGAACAUAUCAUCCAGUUGAUAGAGGAUACUUCUUACUUGAAACGCGAGCGUUCCAAGACCGCGGAAAAUACACAAAAAAUCGUUGCCGGAUCUGCCGGAUCUCGCUCAGAAUCUCUGUAUAACGAUAUUUCCAUCAAUGCAGACUCUUUCGCCGGAUCGUCUUCUACCAUUGAUGACUCGGACGACUUCGAAUAUGAACCUACUCCAACGGCUCACAGAGAUCGUAGAUCGUCUGCUGUGGACGAACAGAGAAGACAGAGAAGAGAGCUAUUACGAGAAAGAAUCCGUAACAGUGAACAUCAAAGAAAAGUCUCCGCGCAGGAACCAGAAAUCGAUCUAUUGGACUUCGAUGAUGCACCAGCUCCUGCUUCUCCUUCAAUCAACAAUAGCAAUAAUGCUAACGUAUUCGAGAGCUUCGGUGUUGAUGGUGAAGAUGAUGACGAUGAUGAAUUUGGUGAUUUUCAAAGUGAGAAAAGUCCAGUUCCACCUGCAUCUGGUAACUUUAACAGUUUUGGUAACGAUAAUAAUAAUAAUAAUAAUAAUAAUAAAACCUCUAAUAAUAAUGCUACAUUGAAUGAUCUUCUAGAUUUCGGUGGAUCUAGCAGCACCACGACGCCAGCCGCGACCAACAAUAACAACGCCAGCACGAAAUCCGAUGCUUUUGCUGAUCUAUUCUCUAUGUCCAAAAACCAAAUAUGA